CUUGUUGUCUGCUGGCUUUGCUUGGCUUAGCUGAUUGAGCCGGAUCAAGGCUCAGAAAGCUUCCGAGGUUUUUACGUCUCCAGUUCCAAGUCCAAGACCAAGUCUCCAUAAUCUACCUCAUAACCUCGCACUCUCGCGAUCCUCCUCCCUCCCUCCCCCAUCCUCACCCCCCCGAACCGCGACGCUUGACGGCUGUUCGAUGCCCUCAUGUUGCGCAACUCGUUGCGACCUGUCCGGGCUGUAGGCAGCUGGCCCGUCCGUGCCGCUGCCGCCCGUCAAUGGCAGCCCGCGAUCGCGAGAUCUUCCGGCGCAGCUGCGAGGAGAUGCUUCGCUGACGACAAAAAGCCUUCAAUUGACGACGCCUCGAAGCCGCCAACGCUGCCCGCGAGUGAGACGAACACGGCGGCUGCGAGCGGCCCAGUUGUGCCCAAGACUGACGCCGACAUUAUCAACUCUGCAAUCCCCGUCAAAGAUGUCCCUCCAGAACCCCCGGCAGCUAAGCCCGUGGCCGAGACGAAAGUUGCUCCCAAGCCACUUCCUGUCAAGAAGAGGGGAUUCUUUCGCCGUCUUCGCCGUUUUGUACUCACUCUCACUUUACUGGGCGCCCUAUCCUUUGGAGGUGGUGUAUGGUAUUCGCUCAUCAACGACAAGUUCCAUGACUUUUUCACUGAAUACGUCCCUUUUGGCGAGCAAGCUGUUCUCUAUUUCGAGGAAUUGGAGUUCCGGAAGCGAUACCCUGGAACUCUUGGAACCGGCCCGCGGAGCAAAGAUACCGGUGCGUUAGUCAAGGUUUCACCGCAAAGUGGUGCCUCAUGGCGAGUUGCCGACAGUAGUGAUCCUUCGGGGCGUCAGUCGAGUGCCACAACUGACGUUCCCGGAUCUAAGAAAUCCGGAACCAAAACACACCCUCCCGCAACUGAAUCGAAACCAGCUACAGAGUCCCCCAAGACCGACCAAACUUCCGCUGCCGAAUCUGCCGUCGCUAAGAAGCAGCCCAAGUCUCAGGAAAGCAAGUCCGACUUCAAAGCACCCGAGGUUGACGAGCCUUCUCGGUUUCCACCGCCUUCUCCAAUUGACCCUUUGAACGUCAAGGAUGCUGAUGAGCCUGUGAUCCAGGAGCUCGUUAAGAUGCUCAAUGACAUCAUCACUGUAGUUAACGCUGACAAUGCUGAUGAACGUUUCUCAUCCACUAUACAUCAGGCCAAGUCUAAGUUAAGCCGUGUAGGCUCCCAGAUUCGAGAUAUCAAGGCAGCAGCUGAGAAGAAUGCUGCCGCCGAAGUUGAGUCUAAGGUCAAGGAGUUUGAAGCGGCAGCAAACGAACUAGUCAGCCGCGUUGAGAAGACCAUGGCAGCCCAAGAGAGUCAAUGGAGGGUUGAGUUUGAGGAAGAGAUGAAACGCAUCCAAUCUACUUACGACUCGAGGCUAAAGACCGAGAUUGACCAGCAGAAACGUGUGAACGAGGAGAAAUUGAAGAAUGACCUGUUAGAGCAGGCUAUAGAGCUCAAGCGCAAGUUCCUGGACGACGUUCGGGAGCAGGUUGAGGUGGAGCGUGAAGGCCGACUUGGCAGGUUGGAUCAGCUAAGUGCCUCCAUUAAAGAGCUGGAGCAGCUCACCACCGGCUGGAACGACGUUGUCGACACAAAUCUGCGAACGCAACAACUACAUGUCGCUGUGGAAGUGGUGCGCGCCAGCCUCGACGAUGCUGAGCACCCGCGGCCGUUUGUCCGCGAGCUAAUCGCUCUCAAGGAGAUUGCUGCUGACGACGCUGUUGUCAAUGCAGCCAUUGGCUCAAUCAACCCUUCAGCCUACCAGCGCGGCAUCGCCACCCCAUCGCAACUGAUUGACCGUUUCCGUCGAGUCGCCUCGGAAGUGCGCAAGGCAUCGCUUCUUCCCGAUGACGCCGGCGUGGCUAGUCAUGCUUCCAGCUGGGUGCUGAGCAAGGUCAUGUUCAAGAAGCAGGGUCUUGCUGCUGGCGACGACGUCGAGAGUAUCCUGACUCGUACGCAAACAUACCUAGAAGAGGGUAACCUGGACGCCGCAGCACGAGAGAUGAACGGUUUACAGGGCUGGGCUAAAACCCUCAGUCGAGACUGGUUAAGCGAGGUGCGAAAGGCGUUGGAGGUUCAGCAGGCGCUUGAGGUUAUCGCUACACACGCUCGGUUACAAAGCCUGUUGGUAGAGUAAUUCACCCAAAAUAUAUUAUAGACGCAUAGAGCCCAUAUUCAACGGGAGGAAUAGCAUUUUGCCAUGUUUUUCCUUUUUUGUGUCCUCUCUGUAUAUUCUAUUUGUCUGUCUGUCAUCUACCACGUUCUCGUCUUGGGAACAGUUCAUUGGGGGGCCGACGCGCCUGUGUAUGAGAUAGUAAAAUAGAUUUGUGAAUUGUUAAUAUUGGCACUUCCAGCUUGAUUGUGCCUGUGGUUACUAUGAUGGAUUUUACCCUGGGCCGGGUUCGUCUAGACUGGAUUUUGAUAGUCCUCGUCGCAAUUGUCUACGUAGGUAUGAACAUAAAGAGAAUUUAGAAUUCAGGUCGACUUAUAAAC